AUGCCUGCUCUUACAGACACCCUGCGCAAGCUCAACCCCUGGCAUGAGGGCAAGUACCUCAGACGCAAGCUUUCCCACGCCACCCCUUCAUCUCCGCCAAUCACCACCCGAGCCGCCUACGGCCUCAUCGCCCUCUACGCCCUGAGCUACUUCGUCCCCUUCUACCUGUCCCGGACCACCCGGCCGUCCCCGACCCUCACGCGGGACGCUCCCUCGGUCAUCCGGGCCCGCAUCCGCUCCGUGACGCUGUCAUGCCUCGCCUGCACGGGCGUCACCUAUGUAGUGCUCUCGCGCGCCGGCAACACCGGCGGCACGACGCCCCCUGAGGCGCUGCACCUCCUCGGCCUCUGGCCGGUCGGGCUGUGGGACUCCCUCCGCGCCCUGUUCCUCACCGCCCUGCUCUUCGCCGGCCCGCUGUUCAGCUACCUGGUCGUCGACCGCGGCUGGGCCGACUGGGUCCGCCUCGAGCCCGUCCGGGACGUCUGGGCCGAGUGGACGACCUGGCGGAACAUCAUCGCCGGCCCCAUAACCGAAGAGAUGCUCUUCCGCAGCGCCUCCAUCCCCCUAAUGCACCUCGCCGCCUCCCCCCCCACCACCACCAUCUUCCUCACCCCGGUGAUCUUCGGCCUGGCACACGUGCACCACCUGUACGAGUUCCGCCUCACCCACCCGGGCGUGCCCGCCGCGGCCGCGCUGCUCCGCUCCGCCUUCCAGUUCGCCUACACGACCCUCUUCGGCGCGUACGCGACGUUCCUGUAUUUGCGCUCCGGCUCGCUGCUCGCUGUGUGCGCUGUGCAUGCGUUUUGUAAUUGUAUGGGCCUGCCGCAGAUCUGGGGGCGGGUGGAGCCUGUGGCUGCUGCUGCGGUGCCUGUUGUUCCUGUGAUGGUGGGCGGGGAUGUGGGCGAGGGCGAGCGGGACGCGUUGCUCCGGGGUGGGAACCGGGGGAGGCCGAGUAUCCUGUGGACGGUCGCGUACUAUGUGUUGCUGGUGGGUGGGGCGGUGAUGUGGUAUAGGAAUCUGUGGGUGCUGAGUGAGAGUGGGAAUGGGUUGGUGCCGGGCUCGGCGUUUUCGGGGGGUUCUGCGUAAGGGUUGGGAAUGGGUAAGUAGGUGUUUGUUGGAUGGAUGGGUGCAUUACGGGGGCUAGGGACUGGGCUAAAACAGGGAGUUGAGUGUGUUUUAAAGGAUAAUGUCUGCAAUGUAAUCGUCGUAGGGGCAUCAGCACAAGCUGGAGAAUCCACCUUUAUAAACGACACCUGGCCACCCGAAUGUCACAUACGACCAUAUCCGCAAGAGAACUCGGGAUCCCGUCCG